GGAGUGUCUUUCUCCACCGCUCGAUGGCGGCAUGUUCCAGCAUGCUCUCCUGUCAAGCACAGGAAAUAACAAGAAACGAAUCAUGGGCCCCUCGGCGAUCUCCCUGAUUACUCUCGAUUGACACGCUCGUUUUCACACUUACAUUUUCGCGAAUGUGAUCGACGAUGGCAGUUCACGCGUGCUCUACAUACGGGACACCCGUCGAGCGUUCAUCCGGUCAUUUUGUACUAAACAGUGGAUAAUUAUGUCAACGUAACACACGCCCGCUCCUUCUGUUUGUGACAUUAAUCAAGCUACCCUCGGACGGAAUGAGUUCCAGCGCUCUUACUGCGAGAGCGGAGGAAUACUUUCACAGCAUAAAUCCCAUAGCACGGAGGAUCGGCGAGGACAUAACCGCCACGAAAGAGGCCUACGAGGGACUAUGGAGCACCCUGAGCACAGCGGAGCGCAAUCAAGCCAUCAACGAGACGAUAAUUCAGCCCGAGGUAGCCUUGAAGUACACCUUGAAGAAGGUCGAGUUGACCAAGGAGUUACCUGAAUGGUAUCCGAAGCUGCGCAUACAAACCGGAAUGAAAUAUGUCAUAGACGAAACCGGCUCCACACUGCGAUGGCGAGACGAGCACUCCGCGCCGUUUUCAUUCAUGACUCAAUCGCAGAUGAAUCUCAGUCUGGUCGACUCCAGCGAGGACGCAAAGUCCAGAUCGAUGAGGACCCACUUUGGAGAAUCGCCGCUUUUUUCUAGCCCCGCGAUGGCGCAAAGAAACAACUGUUCGCUAAGCGAUAGCUACAGUUCCGCGCAUCAAGUCAGUUGUUAUCCGUCGGACUGUUACGCCAGCAGUCUGUUCGAGAACGACCAGUGCGACGACUUGCUGACGAGCGGAAUCGGCAGCGAGCCUUCCGACAGCAUAUUUGCUAAACUGAUCAAUAAGACCUCCUUGUUGAAGUUACAAGGCGACAUCGAGGACGAUAUGGAGAGCUUGGUGAGGGACUCCGACACGGACAAGAGUCAAUCGAAUACUCUGGUGGUGACGUCGCGAACGAAAUCGAGCGACAUAAACGAGUCGACCGCUCUGCUGGAGACACCCAGCUCCUACAGCAGCUUCCAGUCGUCCCAACUGAAUCAGGAAGAGGAAGAGAGAAGUAUACCAAAGACUGGAUUCGAGUUUCUUGAUAAUUGGUAAACUCGCUUCGUUGUAGAAGAGAGAUUCAAUUUUUUUUUAAAUCUUGUAUUACACAUAAAAGAUACUCCUAUAAUAUUCUAAAAGUAUGUAGCCGUAGCGAUAUUUAAUUACUCUACUGCUACAUGUCGUAUAAAAAUGUGCAUGCGUGUGUGUAAAAGGCAGAGUAUAUUUAUACGUGAAAAGAGACGGACAAUAUUUUUUACCGCGUAGUCUUUGAUAAGACUUUUUAUAUCUACAUUUUGUAAUGUCUUAUUUGUACUGUACUACUGGGGUACUACCAUCUACAAUCUACACGACAGGCUAGUUCAGAGAGUUAAGUAGUGAAGACUGAAAAAGAAUAAUUUCCAAAGAUAGGUCCUAAAAAGAUUUAAUUUUACUUAGAUCUCGAUAAACUGUAUCGUGUAUCCUUUGGAUAUCGAACAACGUAGCUAGUUCAGAUUUGUUACCAUACCCUUUUUUAUACCAUUGUAUUUUAUAGUAUAAAAAAAUAUAUAUAUAAUAAGUGCUUACGAACAGAUAGAUAUGCUUAGCGCAUUUCGCAAGUAUCUGGUCACUAUUUACAAGCAAUAAUUUGAAAAGAUUUAUGCAAACUGUCUUGUCGAUUAUAUAUCAAUAUAUGUGUAUCACAUGAA